AUGUGGACGAGCUAUGUAAUACUGAUACUCAGUAUCAUAUGGCUCCUCACUAGAGCUUUAAAGCUCAUCAAUCUUCCAAUUGAUAAAGGAAUCCGGUCUUUGAAUGUUUUUGUUCCUAAAGUCCCGAUAUUAUCCACCGAUCGGAUUACCCAAAAUUCCAUAAUAAUACACUGGGAAAACAAACAUAGUACAUCGAGCAGUUGUUCCAAGGUUGGAGAUGGAGAUGAAAUUGAGCACAGGGAAGGAGGUCCCCGAUUAAUCGUCAAUACUUCGCCCAAGGCUGUCAGUUUCUACCAACUGUACGUUAAUGGAGAACUUGUGACCACCUUGGAAUCAGCAGUAAAUAUGUGCAAGUUAAGCAAUCUGAAGCCAGGGACGAGAUAUCAACUGGAUUUGAUUGCCUUUAGCAUACUUAAUUUCAGAUCUCGAUCUUCUCCAGUAUUUGUCAAAACGAUUGAGACACCAUAUCAAAAAAUCGAUGACGCUGACGACUUGUUGCACUUUUUAGCUCCUAAGAAGGAUGCAGAAAGCUUGAAAGUUCAUUCCACAUUUAGGCAAAACAGAACAAACAUUUACAGUGGUAUGCCCAUCUCAGAAGCUAAAGUUCGUGACGAUGUUGACCAGAUCACGGAUAUCGAAGAACUUAGAUAUCUUUUAGAAGCUGGCCAAGAAGAUCUGAGAUCUUUACUGUUUCAGCAAACUCAAUGUGCCAAAGACUUUGAAGAAAAGGAAAUUAUUUUGUUAUCAAGCAGAGAGGAUCUCAGGAAACGUAAGAAAAUGGAGGAUUUGAAUAGAAAUAGCGUAAGGGCGGAACUGAAUGCUCUUGAAGAAAGUAAGAAAGAUAUAGUCACCAAGAUCAUGAAUAACCAGUAUCUGUUUGAUGAAAAAACCAAAUCAAUGCAGAAAAUGAAAGAUGAAAUUGAAAAUUGGAAAAAUAACUUGAAAACAAGCCAGUCACGCUGUGAAGAACUUAAGUCUAAUGAAAAGAAAAUACUGAGAGAAUUAGAUCAGAAAAUAGAUGGCAAGAAGGCCGACAUUAAGGCCGCCAAAUUAGAAAUUGAGGUUUUGGAUUCAGAAUUGCAAGGGAAUAUUGACUAUAAAAUGGAGAGAGAAAGUCUCAAAGCCGAAAUCACUUCCAUUUUGAGUUCCCUAAAUAGAGAUGCAGACUCGCAAAAUGGGCUUCUCAAAAAGGAUGGAAUUUCACUAUUAACUCGCCUUAAACAGAUCAAAGCAGAAUGGGGAAACUUACUUGAAACUCAACAAUCGCUGGAUGCCGCAGCUGAUUCCAAUUGGAGAUCUUCCGAACAAAUGGAGCUUCAAAAAUUGCACAGCAUUAAAGUUCAGUACCAAUCUUUGUUAUCAGAUAACCAAACCCUUCAAGAGCUUUUGGCUGGUGAACGAAAUGUUCUCACGCUGCCGCGUGGCCAAACCAAUGUGGGGGAAUCUUUUCCGUCGCUGGAAUCAAAUAGGCCCAGUGUUUCCUUAUUUCCUAUUCAAAUGGAAGCAUCGAAUAGCAGUUUUCAGCCUGCAUAUUUUGAGGCUGAAGAUAAUGUUGAGGAUUUGUCACCCAAUGUUGAAAUGCUAUUACCUCAGUCUUUAAUUGAAAGCGAGGAGCUAAUCCUGAACAAUUUGGGGUCAAACACAGUCGAUAUCAGAAACGAGGUCUUUUUAGAUACCCCCUCCACACCUGUUUUAAAGGACCCUUCAUACGAAACUUCAUCUUUUGAGAACACGGCGCAGGCUGGCGAAAAAUCUUUUAAUUCUCCUUUUGAAUUCAAUUCAUUGCAUGAAAGAAGUCCUAGUGGUGAUGGAGCGUCUUUUUUUUUCCAGAAGUCCCCUCCUUUAUCUCAUGCUUCAUUAGUGGAACCCCAACAUUUAGAUGAACAGCUAUCCACCUUUUCACCCAAAAGGCUUAGCAACGUUUUCAAUUUUGGGAAGAAGGCAGCAGCAGCCAACAACAAUAUUUCUAUGACUCUUAAUGCGGACUCAGAUUACAAUGCAAAUCAUACUGCUACAUCUUCCAAAUUUUUUGGAAUUAUCAAACGAAAUAGUCAAAACACUAAUACUAUUAACAACAGGACUAGAAGCGGCAGUUUAGGUAGCUCAAUUUGGAGCAAUAAUAAUCCUAACAAUACUGGCACACAGACUGGAGAGUUUAGGGUUGGCAGUUGGUCUAAUAAUAACUAUGGCGGAUUUAUGACUCCUCAGCAAAACGAUACCCCUGAAUAUAGAAGUCCAUCGGAAAGCCUAAUUCCAAUCAGUCUGCCUCAAAUUGACAUUAAAAACUUGAACUAUGAAAAUGACGAUUUAUUUCUGUCUCUUAGCCACAUUACAUCAGAUUUAGACGGGCAACACUCAAACGAGAAUUCAUUAGGAGAGAGUGCCUUGGAAAAAAAAUCCAAGCAAGAAUCUGGAGGUUCGCCUAUAGCUUUCAAGAAACGAAUGUUUUCUCUUAGUUCAUCCCCUUCAAAAUUGGAGAAUGAUCAUUUGGACGAUAACCAUCAUGGAAACAAUCACGGUCCAUCUAAAUCAUCCAAGUUUUUUUCAAAAAUUUCUCGGAGAAAUUCUACAGUCACAACCAGUAGUGACUCCAAGGUAUCGCAGAAUUCACAAGAAACCACAGGAAACGGCUUAAAUACCAGCGAUGCAAGCAUAUCAUCCAGUUCUGCUGUAUCUGGAACAAACAGUUCCAAAUUUAGCAGAAGAUUAGGGUUCCUCAAAAAAGACAGAGGGAAAGAAGCUACCGACAAAGCUAAAAUCAAGAAAAAACAGAAAGAAAUAGGGAAGGAUAAAGAUAAUGACCUAAUUGAGUCAACUAUAGACGAAGUAAGUGACGAGUCGGAAAAGAAUUCUCCAGCACCAGAAUAG